GAAAAGAACAUGUUUUAAUAAACCUAUUCGUCACUUUGUCGAUAACUUCGAUUUAGGUUUAUGAGCUUAUAGCCUAUUAAGUGAAACACGAAAGGCAACGACAGAUCGAACUUGAGCGUAUAUUGUGUUAGGCUAAAAAGGCUUCGGUUUGUGCCGCGGGCGUUCUGACAAUAUUCAUAAAAUUUAAAUCUAUAAUAAAACGGUUGGUUUUAAGGUCUAUGAAAUUAGAUACACGUUGACAGGCGCACUAACAGUUUGUUUUCUUAACGUUAGCUCAUAGAAAUUACAAUAUAACAUUCGUUUUUGUAGUUUUAAAGUCAUAAGUAUUGUUUGCUUAGUAUUUGUGGUUUUAAUGAGACUAAAAUAACAGACUGGGUUUGUUUGUAGUGAAAUACAAAUGGUAUAGUUGCACUGUAUUUGAUUGUUGUUGAUUUAAAAUAUGCAAGGAGCUGAAAGUUAUCAAGAAACUUCAAUUAUGGACGAGUUUUCCACAAGUGGUAUGAGCGAAAUUAACGAUAACAACUCAUUGCUGUUGAAUUUAAAUUCAAGCCACGAAAAUCUGACCGCCAUGGAGCCCAAACUUGCGUUGUUCGUGUGUUUGAUAACGACAAGCAUAAGUCUCGUUACGACAGCUGGAAAUAUUCUUGUGAUCAUCGCUUUCUAUAUGAACAAAAGAUUGCAGACCAUUACCAACUAUUUCAUACUAAGCCUUGCUUACGCGGAUAUGGUAAUCGGAUUGGUUUCAAUGAACCUUUUCACCAUUUACAUCGUACAGGGCGAGUGGAAUCUUGGGCCCCUGGUAUGCGACAUCUGGCUAUGUAUUGACUAUGUGGCGUGCAAUGCAUCUGUUAUGAACUUGUUGAUCAUAAGUGUUGACCGUUACCUCGCUCUCACCAAACCAAUGACUUACCGCGUGAAACGGACCAAGAGGAGAGCUUGCCUUAUGAUAGUAGGGGCGUGGACAGUUAGCUUCAUACUUUGGGUUCCAUCGAUACUAUUGUGGCCUUUAGUCGAAGGUGGUCGCAAUGUACAGAACAAGAAAUGUUACAUUCGCUUCAUCUUAGCAAGCCCCGCUGUAGCAAUAGGGACGGCAAUGGCUGCCUUCUAUGUGCCAGUGCUUGUUAUGAGUAUAUUAAGCUGGUAUAUCAACCGAGUGAAUGUUGAGCACCGAAAGUAUGCAAACACAUUUCGAAUACGAAAGUCAACUAAUGAGAAAAACAUCGGUCAAUAUUCUGUGAACAAAACUUUGAACGGUACUCGGAGUAGCGCCAUGUCUGAUCGAAUUAAAGAGAGAAAUACACAAGGGGUAAAGGUUUGGAAAAUGAGAAGAAAUCAAAACAAUACAUUAGAAGAAGACGAACACGUUAGUAACAAAGAGAAUGGUUCGAAAAUUCAACCGCCGUUAGCUGUGAUUAAAGUGGAGACCUCGUCUUUUGAUCAUUUAGGGCAAGAGCCCCACAAAGACGAGAUCACGAUCGAAAAAAGCAAAUCAAGUUUCCGGUUAUCGGAAACUACCGCAAGUUUGUUAAAUGCAACUCGACAGAACGUUCGCAACAUGUCAGCUCGAGAGAACAAAGCAGCAAGAAUGCUUUUAUGUAUUAUGGUGGUGUUUAUUAUAACAUGGGCACCUUAUAAUAUUCUGGUUGUUAUUUCCACUGUAUGCGGGGAAGAUGGUUGCGUGAACGAUAUCUUGUGGAAGUUGAGUUACUGGCUCUGUUAUCUCAACUCCACCAUAAACCCAGCAUGCUAUGCAAUGUGUAGCCCCGAAUUCAGAAGGACAUUUCACCGAUUGCUACGUUGCCAAAGAUCAAAUGAUUUAUUUCGCACUAAAACCAGUUUGAAGCCUUUUGCAAGGGCAGCGGCAUUAUCUGUCGGUGAAAACCUAACAACUGUCCAAUAAAGUUGUCGUUUACUUUUCAGUCGUUUCACAAAUACAUUACAUUGCUCUA